ACACACCCCCAGCUCCUACAAAUGGACUCGACCGUGACGGCGGCGUGCGGACCGGACAGACCAGAGACAUUACAGAUAUUUAACGUUAGCUAAAGUGCUGAUAAAAAUAUGACCAUUUAGGUUCACACUCGAGUCAUCAGACUUAAUCUAGACAGAUUAAGAGAGAGACCCUAAGGUGACAUCUUGGUAAGAAAAAUCAUCCAUAGUCACUUCUAAUGAAGGCGUGGGAAUGAGAUCCUAAGGCGUGGAAGGGCAAAAGUAACUGUCCAUAAUCACAAAUCUGAGGAUGCCAGCUGGAGUGUCUUGGCCAAGAUACCUGAAAAUGUUCGGUGCCAGCGUACUAUCCAUGUUUGCUGGCGCUGAGGUCGUACAUCAGUAUUACCGUCCAGAUUUGACCAUUCCAGACGUUCCACCUAAGCCUGGAGAACUGCGGACAGAGCUUCUUGGACUAAAGGCGAGACAGGCAGCGCCAGAAAAACAUUAAUGUCACGUUUUGUAUUUAAGUGUACAUACUGAUGUAAACAACACAUUUACUUUUGAGAUCUUCUUUGUGUAAUAAAUUGUAUGCUUUUU